UACAAAUACAGUAAAUAAUAAUUUGAAAUAUGAAUGCAAUUACAAUGAGAUGUAGAUUUUGUCUUCAAGAUUGCGAAGACACCUUUGAACUGACACCAGGCUGUGUUAUUAUUAAUAAGGUUUUAUUAUGCUUUUCAAUAAGGGUAAUGCUCUCAAACCAUCUACCAAAUUCAAUAUGCAAAAUGUGUUCACAAAAAAUAGAUGAAUUUUUAGCAUUUAGAAAAUCUAUUAUUGAAAGUGAAAAUAUUUUAUUGAACAACAUACAUCAAAUUGAAGAUACAUAUACUGAUAUAAGUGAAAAUUAUACUAAUGAUGACAAUGAUAUAGAAAUUGGCACAAACCUGAAUGAAACAUUUCAAAAUAUUAUUCCUGCUAUCAAGCUAGCAGACUCCAUUGGAAAUAAACAAUUGGAAAAAGUUACACGUCAUUGCAAAGAGAUACCAUAUGUAGAUAUGAAAUCUAAAAAUGAAGUAAGUUCAUUGGAAAGAAUUGAUGAAAAUGACAAUACAAGCUAUGGACACAAUGAAAUUCAAGAAAAAAGUGAUAAAGAUAAUAUUGGAACACUAGAUACUCGAUGUCUUAUGUGUUUAAAAAGCUAUCCAAACAGGUCCUCGCUACUAAAACAUUAUUUAACCGAGGAAAGAAUUAGAGGACAACCAUUGUCAGAUAAAGAAUUUAAUUUAAAAGUAGAAGUAAAAUCAGAUGGCAUUGACAAGGUUUAUGUAUGUUUAGAAUGUAAGAUGGAAUUCAAAUCUAAAUGCCUUAUUGAUAAACAUUUGAAUUCACAUAAUAUACACUAUAUUUGCAAAAUAUGUGGUAGAAUGUAUCACAGAGCUGUAGAUAUAUUGAAUCAUGGAAAAUCCCACAGUGAUAUUAAGAUGUAUUGUUCCUAUAGUUGUGGAUACAGUACAAGCUACCUGCAUUUAAUGAAGAACCAUGAAAAAAUACAUAACAAUGACUACAAGUUUACCUGCAAGCAGUGUGGUAAAGGGUUCCAAGUGCGAACAUGGUAUGAACAACACCAGAAUAUUCACAAAGGCAUCAAGCAGUAUGUGUGUGACAUUUGUGGUGCUGGUUUUCAUAUGCACAGAUAUCUCACGGCGCACACUUCGGCGAUGCACGCGGACGUGACGAACAAGAAACGAUACGCCUGUCUCCAUUGUUCGCUGACCUUCGGCUCAAAGAACAGUCUGACGAUACAUUUACAGGAACAUGGCUUCACUAGUGAGUAUCUGUGUGACGGUUGCGGCAAAGUGUUCAUGAGUUCAAGACAACUGUCUCACCACCGGCGGACGCAUUCAAACGAGAAACCUUAUAAAUGCAGGACAUGUAAUAAAACGUUCCCCAAGAAGUUCAACAUGCUACAACACGAGUCAACACACACUAACACGCGGUUCUCGUGCACCAAAUGCACUGCGAGUUUUAAGCAACGCAGCAGUUUAAACCGCCAUACGGCAUCAAAACAUGCUACAGAAGAUUCCAAAAAAACAUGAGCAAACGAGACCCAUUUUUUCUGGGCAAGGUUUGCUCCUGAUAAGGAUACUAUAAGGCAAUCGAAAAGGUUUCAAGAGUUAUCAGGGUGGAAAGGCUACUUGCAUUAAAAAAAUUAUCCAAACCAAUAUUAUAAAGCGAAAAAGAGAAGAAUUGAGGAAUUUGAUUUUUUUUGUUUGUUUGUUUCCUCUGGACUUAUCAUAAUAUUAUGCUACAUGUCUGAAAUAUACAAAUUUAAUUUGUACUAAA